AUUCCACAUAGUCUGUCCUGGUUAGUAUCCCAAGAACCAACAAAGAUAAAAAAAAUAAAAAUAAAUUAUAAAUAAAUACUAAUAAAAGAUCCCUAAUUCAAUCUUGUAGAAAAAAAAAAAAGUACCCCACAAAAUAAAAAAACAAAAAAGUCUCCCAAUUUCCAUUAUCCAAAAAUGAAUAGUGUAUCAUUUUCUCUAGUUUGCUUUCUAUGUUUCACCCAAUUUUCUUCCAUUUCUUGUGAGAAGAAAGUGUACUUGGCUUUGUAUUAUGAAAGCUUGUGUCCUUACUGUUCAAAUUUCAUUGUUAAUUAUUUACCUAACAUAUUCAAGAAUGGGUUGAUUGAUAUUGUUGAUCUUAAACUUGUUCCAUGGGGUAAUACUAAGCUUCUAGAAAACAACACCUUUACAUGCCAGCAUGGAAAAGAUGAAUGUUUUCUGGACGUUGUAGAGGCGUGUGCAAUUAAUGCCUGGCCAGAUUUGAAUGGACACUUUCCUUUCAUUUACUGUGUCGAAAGUCUGGUCUAUCAUAGGAACUAUACCCAGUGGGAAACAUGUUUUGAAAAGCUGAAUUUGAAGAAAAAGCCAGUUACCGAAUGUGUUGGCAGUGAGCGAGGGAAAGAGCUCGAACUACAUUACGCAGCUGAGACAAAUGCCCUUCAGCCUCCACAUAAAUAUGUACCGUGGGUUGUCGUUGAUGGCCAACCACUUUAUGAAGACUACGAGGACUUCAUAAGCUACAUCUGCAAAGCGUACAAAGGAACUACUCCAGUCCCCGGUUGCAGCUCAUCCAUCAAUGUCAUUAAAAUGGGAAGGAAACUUAACUCUUUUUGCUUAAAGCAGACGGCCAUUUCCAAGUUGUCAACUAUAAGUUCAGCUAUUACAUCUUGGUUGAACCGCGCUAAGCUCACUGCAUCUGCAUAAUCCACCGGGAUGCUGUAUCGUGUUGUGUAUACUAUAGACCUCCCUCCUUGAUGCUGCUUUGUUUUAUGAAAUGAUGAGAUGCUAUAGUUGGUUUAUGCAUUUGUAAUGCAGUUGUUAAUGAUAGGAAUUGUUGUAAUAUGAGAAUUUGGUUCAAUUUGGGAUAUGUUUGAAGUAUGGAGUUUUAUAAGUUGUCUACAUCAAAGCAGCCACAUCCUUAGUCCAAGACUUAAAUUGAGUCGUUUCAGAAUGGAUGAGAUCUUAUUUUA